ACGCUAAAUUAUUCAAUUUUACAAAUUUCACCAUCUCCCUCCUUUCUCCUUUUCUUCCCAUUUCCUUUUUCUAACACAAACAUUAUUUAUUUAAUUAUUUAAUUUCGUUAUUUUCUUCCGCCGUCGAUUCAUUUGUGUUCUACCAGAAUCAAAUCAAUUAGGGUUUUCUAUUCCUCACAAUCACAAAAAAAAAAAAUGAUAAUUAAGCCUACUUUGAAAUCUGGAACGCAGAAUCUGAAGCGAUGUAAGCUGGAACAAGACAAGGAUUACGCACCUCCAGUAAUUCAGAAGAAGCAGAGACCGAAUAACGGUUUUUAUUCCAUCGGCGAAAGCGAAGGCUUGAAAAUCAUUUCUGUCUGUGGAUCCGGCGAAGGAUUCAAUUGCGGCAGUGGUGGUGGUGAAAUUCACUCCAAUUCAGCUCCCGUAGAGCUGAAAGCUGCCACCGGAGAAACACCUCUGUUGUCAUCGCGAACAUCGAGAGGUCGUGUUAAAAAAGUUCCAUCUAAGUUCAAUGAUUCAGUUCUUCUCGAUCCGAGAAAGACUAAUGGACGAAUCGAUAGAUCUGAGUUUGGAAUUGAAGAUGAUAAUAGUGAGAUUGGAAUUGGAUUUGUGAAUAAGGGAAAGGAAAACAAAUUCGAUUCAAAAACUGAAAGUGAUAAUGGUUUUGAUGAAUUUGACUAUGAUAAGCAUGCUAAAUCGUUUAAGAGCGUUAAAACGACGGUUAAAGGGAGUCGUUUGUCGUUGGUUAAAACCGAGAGUGGAAAUGGUUUUGAUGAAAAGGGUAAAGAGGGGAAAGAGAUUUAUAAGCUAGAGGAUUUUGGUUUGGGUGAUAUAGUUUGGGCAAAAUGUGGCAAGUGUUCUCCGGCAUGGCCUGCUGUGGUGAUUAAUCCCAUUUUGCAAGCUCCUGAGUCUGUUCUCAGGCGUUGUGUUCCCGGUGCAAUUUGUGUUAUGUUUUUUGGUUAUUCGAAAAACGGAAAGCAUAGGGACUAUGCGUGGGCGAAGCAGGGGAUGGUAUUCCCCUUCUUGGAAUUCAUGGAUAGAUUCCAGGGGCAGACGCGAUUGAACAAGAGCACACAGAGUGACUUUCACGUGGCAAUGGAAGAGGCAGUGUUGGCGGAAGAUGGCAUCCUGGACCCACACUUUGUAGCUGAGCAAGCUGCGGAGGUCACGGGUUCCUGUGCUGAUGCGACAUAUCACUGCCAAGACCAGGAUACAAUAUCCUGUUAUGGCUGUGGUUUGACAUUGCCAUGCAAAACCAUGAAGAAGGUUAAGGAUUCAAGCUGUGCUCCUCAGCAUUAUUGUAAAUCUUGUGCAAAGUUACUUAAAUCGAAACAAUAUUGUGGCAUUUGCAAAAAGAUUUGGCACCAUUCAGAUGCUGGUGAUUGGGUAUGCUGUGAUGGUUGUAAUGUUUGGGUGCAUGCUGAGUGUGACAAAAUUUCUAGCAAACUUUUGAAGGAUCUGGAAAAUAUAGAUUACUAUUGCCCAGAUUGCAAGGGAAAGUCGGAUUGUAAAUUAUCAGCAUCACAAACAUACAAAUCAAUAAAAUCAGUAGGGAACAACCAAAAACCUGUGUUACCUGAAAAGCUAGCGGUGGUGUGCAAUGACAUGAAAGGAAUUUACUUUCCAAAGCUUCAUUCAGUUAUAUGCAAGUGUGGCUCGUGCGGGUCAAGGAAGCAGGCACUGGCUGAAUGGGAAAGACAUGCAGGUUGCAGAGCCAAAAAAUGGAAACUUAGUGUGAAAGUAGAAGGCACAAUGCAAUCACUAAUAAAAUGGAUCACAGAACAUAAUUCCCAGGCUGGAAUUUCCAAGCAGUUAGAUCAAAAACAGGUGCUUUCCUUUUUGCAAGAGAAGUAUGAGCCAGUUUAUGCGAAAUGGACAACAGAGAGAUGUGCGAUUUGCAGAUGGGUUGAAGAUUGGGAAGAUAACAAAAUUAUUAUCUGCAACAGAUGCCAAGUUGCCGUUCACCAAGAGUGCUAUGGGGCAAAGAAUGUUCAAGACUUUACUUCCUGGGUCUGUAGAGUGUGUGAAACUCCUGAGGUAGAAAGAGAGUGUUGCCUCUGUCCAGUAAAAGGUGGUGCACUGAAGCCAACUAAUGUUGAGUUGCUGUGGGUUCAUGUAACAUGCGCUUGGUUUCGGCCUGAAGUUGUUUUCCGAAACCACGAGGCAAUGGAACCUGCCUCUGGAAUCCUUAAGAUUCCUGCUAAUUCCUUUUUGAAGACUUGUGUGAUCUGUAAGCAAAGCCAUGGUUCCUGUACAAGUUGUUGCAAGUGUGCUACAUACUUUCAUGUGAUGUGUGCAUCAAGAAUGGGAUAUGGCAUGGAAUUGCGUUCUACAGUGAAGAAGGGGACUCGAAUAACAAAGACGCUAAUAUAUUGUGCAGUUCACAGGGUCCCAAAUCCAGAUUCAGUAGUGGUUCUGCAUACACCCCUGGGGUUAUUCUCUCCAGGAACUUCACUCCAAAAUCCCAAGGGACGCUUUAGAGGAUCAAAGAUUAUUUCAUCAAAUAAUAUAGAACUCCUUGAACCUUCAACCUCUGAACAUUAUGAGGUUGAGCCACUAUCUGCAGCCAGGUGUCGUGUUUACAAAAGGUCUCCCAAUAAGAAGGAUGAUGCACCAAUUAUUCACUUGCUUGGGGGGCCAAACCUUCAUUCUUUAAGUGCAAUAACUCAAUUGAACCGCAAUACGGAUGCUGGGGUAUUUUCUUCAUUUAAGGAGCGCCUUCGCCAUUUACAGAAAACGGAAAAUUUUAGAGUUUGCCUUGGAAAAUCAGCUAUUCAAGGAUGGGGCCUCUUUGCUCGUAGAGAUUUGCAAGAAGGGGACAUGGUUGUUGAGUACCGUGGUGAGCAGUUAAGGCGCAGUGUUGCUGAUCUGAGGGAAGCAAAGUACCGGUUAGAAGGCAAAGAUUGUUAUCUGUUCAAGAUAAGUGAGGAAGUGGUAAUUGAUGCAACAGAUAAGGGAAACAUUGCACGUCUAAUAAAUCAUUCUUGCAUGCCAAACUGCUUUGCAAGGAUUAUGUGUUCUGGUGAUCAGGAGAGUCGGAUUGUUCUUAUUGCCAAGACCAAUAUUUCUGCUGGUGAAGAACUAACAUAUGACUACUUGUUCGACCUAGAUGAGCGGGCUGAACUCAAGGUUCCCUGCCACUGCAAAGCCCCCAAUUGUAGGAAAUUUAUGAACUAAGUUGGUCAAUGGUUUCACAUUGUUUCUGCCAGUGGAGCAAUUGCACUAUCCAAACCUUACAGGAAAUAUUUGUCCAUUGAGAUUGUACUUUUUUUAAAGUUAAAUUAAUUCAUUUGUAUAUCACUUUAUUUAUUUCAUUAUUGGUAUAAAAGGGAAAGUCUUCCAGCCAUGAGCUCAAAGCAUCUGUUGUUACUGGCCGCGCCUUCCACAUCCAUACUCUACAUUCAAUUUUAUGACGUUAAUGGAUGCAAUUUAGGCCGCCGGAUGUAUUAUGUAAUUUAUGUUCAUUACAUACUUUGUAAAGACACUCCUUUGACAAUCAUCACUGCUAUAUUUGAUUUGGGUUCAUAUUAUAUAA